GCAACACUGGUCAUGUCAAAAUUCCCGAUUCCGGCGAAUAUCAAUGGUAAUCGGAGUAAAUAAAUAUUAGAUAAAAUCUAUAUUUUAAUUCACUUUAUGUACCUAUCAUAACACCAUGGUAGAUACCAAUAGUAAUAAAUCUGUAAGUUUGAAUGUUCCUUUCUCUUCAUCUGAAACAGCUACCCUAGUGCAAGAAGUUUUAAAUGUGGACAAAGAGCUUAAAGGCAGUGGAGUACAUAGGGAAAUUACUGCAAUUGGGGAAAAUUUACAAAUAGUAUUACACGGAGCUGACUUGAAAAAAAUUAGAGUGGCAGUUAACUCUCUUAUAAAAAGUAUUUUAUUGAUUGUUAAAACCAUAAAUCUCUUUCCAAAAUAGGCUUAAAAUGCCCGAACAUACUCCAGCACCGACACAUGCAAGAUCUUUGUAUGGAUUUUUUAUGUACUUGUUCAGUAAAAUUGUCUUGGGUAUCUAUUUCACUUGGGCGUUUAUGCCUGAUUAUUAUUUACAUUAUUUUAAUAUUUAUUAUUAUCCACAAAAAUAUUGGUCCACUGCGGUUCCUAUUCAGUUUCUUGUAGCACUAACAUUAUUUGCUUUCCUUAUUUAUCCUAGUUCAAAUUUAAUAUUAACGAUUGACAUCGGCAGCAUAAACACAAUAAACGAUCCCCAUUCCCAAAAAACUUUCAAGAAAAAAUCUCCAAAAAACCAAAUUACUAAUUGUGUGUGUCAUGACUUUAGUAAAUGUAAAAAGAAUAGUUAUACAAGUUUAACGAGCGUUAAUAACAAAGUUCCACAGUUACAAGAUUUAAACAUUAGAUUUGUAUGUCGAAAAUUGUAUCUUAAUGAAUAAAAAAUAUUUUAUUUAUAAAGCUGUCUUAUUUAUAAAAUUACGUUACUAUUAUAUAAAGAGAAUAACAAGUAUGCAUGCAAUCUAAAUAUAACUAAGGUACCUGAUACAAAUAAGGCCUGUAGUGCAGAACAGUCUAUUAAAAUAUGUUUACAUCAAAAAUACUUUACACACGCAUAGAUGACAGUUCUACAACUCGGCAAACUGCACGAGCGGUCCGCUCGAGCUCAUAGGCCGUAUACAGAAAGAAAGCC